UCAAUCCCUAAACAGGGUGUUUUCAGCCACAUUUGCACGCUUCUGCCGACAUUGACACUGAUCGAUUGAAUUCGCAGUAGUAGCUACAAAGCGUUAGAGAGCAGCUCCCGCUGUUGCGUAAAUCCGUAUAAAUAUGCGACGCAUGCGCCAAAUGUUUGUCACACAACGAGAAGCGUUCGCCGAGUGCUCAGUCAAACAAUCAGGCAGACAGACAGACAGACAUACUACAGAUUGAUUGAUUGUUCAGCGAGGAUCUUUAGCUGCAGUUGAGCGAUAAUGUGCCGUCAGCUGCUUGUGUUGCUGCUGCUGGUCGCUGCCAGUCAAGCGGCGACUCAUGUCAACAUUUCCAUAGCCCAACAGCCGGCUACGAAUCCAGCGGAUGUCACAUUUGUCGAUGGACGUGCGCCUGCCGAACUGCGUGCGGGUCCCGCGCACUUUGAGCGUCUACAGGAGCGACCACAGCAACAGAUGCAACAGCAGCAGCAACAGGUGCAGCAACAACAGCAAUCGCAAUCGUCGCAGCAGCAACAGUUGCCGCUGGCACAGCAGCAAUCACAGUCGCCACCACAACAGCAACAGCAACCGCUGUCGCCUCGCCAGGGUUUGGGCUUGCAGCCUGCUCCUGCGGUAGCUGGCAUCAAGGGUCGUCUGCCCCGUCGCCGUGGCCACAAUCGUCGUCCUUCCUUGCACCAACAGCCACCACACAGCGGACAGUUCCGUCAGCGCAACCAGCAGCUGCGCCAAAAUCAGGAAUUCGAGCGCUACAUUCAGUCGUAUCACAGUCAUGGACCUUCUGUAGAAACAGUCUUUGAAUCCUCCAGUCCUUCGCCUCAGCGCUACACGCAGUCCAGCAGCAGUAGCUCCAGCUCUAUCUCUAAUACCAGUCCCAUUGUUGUCGACGAUGCUGUAUCCAUUGGUGGCGCCAAGUCCCAGCAACUCCGUAUGUUUGAGCGCCAAAUAGCCGCUCCAGCACCGCAACAAACUUCCAGCGUCAGUGUGGAACAGCAACAAGACAGCAAACCCAUCUAUGAACCCGCACCGCCAGCACAAACUGUCCAAACCGCUUCCAUUGCUCCCGUGAGCAGCAGCUCUAGUUCCUCAAGCUCUUCCUCGAGCAGCGCAAAUCCCAUUGCCAGUGCGCCUGCUCAAGCUCCGUUGCCCGCUGCCAUUCCAAACGAAGCCAAGCUGGGAGGUGGCAACAGCUACGAACCUGCUUCCUAUGAGCCUGCCUUUGAUGCUGGCACCAGCUACAACAGACCCAGCUACGAUCAAGGUGGCUACAGCUACGACGAUGCACAGGACGACUAUCAGGAUCAGUAUCCACCUGCUGUAGAUGAGAACUCCGGCUAUGAUGACUACGAUCAAUCUGGCAGCGUCGGCGGUUAUUUGCCACCACCACCACAACGUGGCUAUGUGCAACCAGCGCCUCCUCGUCCUCUGAUCACCAAGACCAUACAGAUUGUGCAGCCAGCGUUGAAGGCCAAGAAAUACGAAGUGCGUCAUCCGGCCAUUCAAAAGGAGUUCUACGACAUCGAGGAGCGUGUGGUCAUCAAACCAGCUGGCACGUUGGUUGUUGAGCUGGAUCAUCCAGUGGCCAAGAUACCGCGAGGUGAGACUUUGUUGCCCUUGGGUCAUCCACAUCCCGCUGUGGCUGCUGCCUACAACAACAAUGGUCAGGUGCAGACACAAGGCUUCAGCAGCAAUGCGAACGAGUACAGACCGAACUAUGAGCAGCCAGCUCCCGCUGCCAAGGAGCAAUCGCAAGUGACUACCGUGGGCUCAAGUGUGACCACCAUGCCCAGUUACGAUCAGGCCCCUAAGGAUGAGUUUGUGGAGGCGCAACUGCAACAAGGCAGCGAUGCCACCGAUGGUAAACGUCAGCCCGUUGCUCCAGUUGCCCCACCCGUUCCCGUCGCCAGCUCCAGCUCAAGCUCCGGCUCCAGCUCCACCAUUACAGCCACCGAUAGCAAUGGCAAUACGUUCCAGAUCAAUCGUAAGCAUCUCACUCCCGGCAUGCUGACACGCCAGGAGCCUGAGCCACAGAACUACGACUUUGGACGCAGUGAGGCCAGUUAUCCGCCACAGCGCAGCUAUCAGCGCGGCAACAACUUCAAUCGCCAAUCGUAUCCCAGCCAGAGCAACGAUGAUUACUUCAGCGGCGAGUUCUUGGCCAAUGCCAAUGCCGGCAACGUGGAGUCGAAGCCAGCGCGUCUCGAGGAAGCACAACGUCCACAGAUCAUUAAGCACGAGCACAAAAUUCACUUGCCCCCAUCGCAGCACAACAUCUAUUUGGGUCGCAGUCGCCAGCCACCGCCAAAGGAGCGUCGCAUCUCUGAGCCUGAGAUUGCCCAUGUUGCCGAAGUGAAGAACUUUUUGCGCAAUCAUGCGGGUCCCACAGUGAUCUAUGCCAAGUCCGCAGUGCGUCCAGCUGCUCCCAGAUCCUACUACCGCCAGCAGACGUCGCAGCAGCGCAGUCCACUUGCCGAGGAACUGGAAUAUAGUGCACCUUAUUCACGCAUGCGUUACGAUCCCGAUGCGGAGUCGGGUCGCCUGGUAGAACAGCCCAAGCAAGAGCAAAAAUUGCAAAGCAAGGAGGCAGCUAAGGCGCAAAUUCAUUUGCAGAUCCCUCAUGAAAACGAUCGUGAUCAAUCCAUCGUCGCCACAGCCACGAUUAGUCCUGUGAAACCCGACUGCGAUAAGCAACAGCAGCAACAGCAGGUGGAGGAGGAACAGCAGCAAUCCGCACGCUACUCACAACCACGUCAGCAGCAACAGCAAUUCCAGCGCUUGGUUGAGGCCCCAGCUCCAGUGCCCAGCACCCAGGCCACACCAACGCCAGCUCAACCCAAUCUCGAUGUGGAUGUAGCGGGCAAUGGCGCUGCCGGACACCUCAAUCGUCACCUGCAGCCAAAUGAGCGCGUGAUUUCCGCCACUGCGGCACCCACCGAUGCCGCUGCCACCAGCGAAACGUUCCACAAACGUCGCAUUGUGGUCAACCAUCCGUUCCAGACGGUGCGCGAGGUGGUCGAGCAUGAGCCCAUCACCAACUACCAUCAGAUACAGGUGAAUGAGCCCGCCUCGCCACAGCUGUAUCAUCAGGCUGCCUACUAUCAGCAGCCGGCCCAAACUCAUGGCAAUCUGGUGCAGUAUCAAAACUAUGGUUAGAGUUGAAGCGAUCGAUUCGAUAUAUAAGUAGUUGUAGACCUGGAAUUGUAUACUUGACAACGAGUACUCUUUAUUCUUGUUUGCGUUGCAUUUGUUAUUAGUUGUAAGUGUUUUUAUUUCGUAUUUUACUCGUAGUACUAGCAAACGAAUACCCCGAAUCGGUGGAAGGGCCCUCACCAUACCUGCAUAUAUACAUAUAUAUAU